AUGUACUUUGACGGAGCAUCUAAUAUAAGGGGCAAUGGCGCGGGUGUUUUGCUCAUUGAUCCUUAUGGAAUUCAUAUCCCUUUUGCUGUGAAAUUGAGUUUUCCAACGACUAAUAACACGGCAGAGUACGAAGCUUGCAUUUAUGGCGUUAAGGCAGCCUUAGCGGCAGGGGCGAAAUACCUCACAGUAUAUGGAGAUUCUAACCUCAUUAUCUCUCAAACAAUUGGAGUAUGGAGAGUCCGAGAUGAGAGAUUACAAAUGUAUACCGAGUAUCUCCAACAGUUCAUUCCGUACUUUGAAGAUAUUGACUUCAAGCAUUUUCCCCGGGAGCAAAACAGUUUCACGGAUGCAUUAGCAAACUUAGCGGUAAAUUUAACAUGGGAAAACAACGUAAAAAUUCGAGCUGUGACUAUUGAGGAAAGUGAUUCACCGGUAGUCAACCUUGAACAUAUGAUUGCUGCAUUGACUUUGCAAGACGAUAAAGAUGCUUGGUAUGCUGAUAUUAAAAAAUUUCUAAUCACCGGUCGAUAUCCUGAAGAGAGUCAUAAAAAAGACCAAUUGGCUAUCCGGCGAUUGGCAGCUCACUUUGUAAUACUAAAAGAUAGAUUGUACCGCAAGGGUUUUGAUGGAACUCUAAAAUUGUGUGUUGACAAAAAAAAAUACAAAAGAUCAUGGGAGAAAUCCAUGGUGGUGAAUGCGGUCCGCACAUGA